AUGAGUGAAGACACUUUCAUUGAUGAGCUGGCUUCCAACAAUCUAUCUCCAUUAACCGCAGACGAGUCAAUCUCUGGAACGACUGGCACAAUCAAGACCGAAGACUCGAUCACCAAAUCUGACCCCUCCUUCAUCCAAAAUCAGAUUUCUCUUCAAAGAAGUCCUUCCACAGCAAAGUCCUAUGUCUCAGCUCUCUCCGGACAAUUGUCAAUCAAGUCCAAUAGCAGCAGUCCUCGCCUAGGAUUUUCCGCACUUGCCAUCGCUCAUGAUGAAGAGAAAGGCAAGGAAGCUGACGAGAGAAGAACGCGCGGUGACUUUAAUGGGAGCAUUGCUGGAGAGUUCAACAAAUUUACACUUCCAAAAUCCGAUUCACGUUCUUCCGGUCUAUCAAUGCAUUCAGAGAAAUCUGUGCACUCUGUCAAUGUUGUGGGCAGCUAUCCCCUUGGGUCCUUGAGGGUUCAUUCUCCAUCGCCAACUAGAGAGCAUGGGGUGGAGCAUCACGAAGUUCUGAAGGAUGGCGACGUUGUUAUUAUUCGAAAUCUUCCAGCCAGUACAAUGUUUGGAUAUGACACAAAAGCUUACACUAUCAAAACUGAGGGAACCCUUGAAGGUGUUAAGCACAUUCCAGCUGGGGCUCAUUUCUUUUGGGGUGGAUCAGGUAAUGGAUCUUCUCGAACUGGUUUUUGGUUUAUGUCCAUGAAACUAGCCUCGGACGAGUAUGGUGAGACGCAUGUCUUAAGAUGGGAUAAUUACCAUGAGUCAUUGGAGGAGGAGCUCAGCGAAGCUGAGAAACGUAUUCAAAGGGCCAGCAUACCCGAAAUUGCAAAUGCUCUCGAAUCAUACUUGAACAAUAUUUCGGUUGCGACCUCAGCUUCAGCUGCCUCUGUUUCAACAUCACCAAUCCCACUUGCUUCACCAGACUCUCCCAUCGCUACAGAUGGCACCGACAUGUGGCGUCGCUUGACAUCCUGUAUCAAGCACCCAUACCUUAAGAGAGUUACAGGUGGAAAGUGGAACAGCUGGAAAGUUUCGUCAAGUCACGAUGUUAAGACUACAGAACUCCAGACCUCAAGCGUUCCUCGGGACGAAAAGGGCAGCAGUACGAAUUUUGAUGGGGACGAUUUUCUUAAUUUCGUUUUCCCAAGAGAAUCUCGUACCUUUUCCGAAUCGUCUUCUGGUCGCGAACGCACCGAGCAGGCAAUCGACAGUACGGCUUAUAUUGUUGACGCCAUCGGUCAUUGCACCUACGAAGACUCCGAUGAGAUCAUUGGAGAGCUACAAUUCUGUUAUAUCACCGGCAUGGUUCUCGGCAACCUCGCAUGCAUGGAGCAAUGGAGCAUUAUCGUCAGCAAACUCUUCGGAGCAUAUCGCCUUUCAAUGGAUUACCCGAUCUUCUUCCGUAAAGUAAUCACCGCCGUUCAUGCCCAAUUCAUGUAUGAUGAGGAAGGAUUUGACACUAGUAUCUUCGAUCAUGAUUCUCAUCUUGGUGAUGAUUUGAAGAUGAUUCUUACAAAGUUCAAAUCUCGCUUGAAUGAACAACUUCUGUCUAAUGGUGCCAGUAUUACUCGAGAUCAGGAGGAAGUUGGCAAGGCGUUUGAGGCAUUUGAGUCCUGGUUGUGGAAAUGGGGAUGGGACCUGCGUGGAAACUAUCUCAGAUCCGGAAAAUUUCAGCUUGAGGAUGGAGAGAUCAUCGACGCAGAGCUCAAGGAUUUCGAGGACGAGGACGAACGAGGUGAGUACGCGCCAAUGAUAGUAGAUCUCGAUGAAGAUGGACUCGAGAAAGACCGGAUAAUUUUGUAG